GAGAUUGGUUCAUUUCUCACAUCAACUAGAUAAUGGAGCCUUCUAAAUAUUCCGCACUUUCUUCUUCAUCAUCAUCAUCCUCCUCUUCUGAUGAUAGUGAUGAAGAAAUAGCCAUAGCCACACUUGUAGGUCUCUAUGAGGCAAAUAAUGGCUUAAUGCUAGAAAUGGUGAGAGAAAAUACAAGAAAACGCAAGCAAUGGGGAGGCUCUGUUCCGGGACGGAAAUACUACCGACGCGAAAGAGUAGCGGGUCACGAUCGACUAGUUGCGGAUUAUUUUUCUGAAUAUCCAGUUUUCUCGCCAUCGGUAUUUCGUAGACGCUUUCGGAUGAGACGUGAUCUAUUUGUGAGGAUUCUAAAUGCUAUUGAAGAACAUAAUCCCUACUUUGUUCAAAAGCUAGAUGCAUGCCAGGUACGCGGAUUAUCCUCCCUUCAAAAAAUAACAUCCUCAAUGAGAAUGCUCGCCUAUGGAAUGCCGGCUGAUGCAACUGAUGAGUACUUACGUUUAGGAGAAAGCACUACAAUUGAAUGCUUCAACCAUUUUUGUCAAUUGAUUAUCGAAAAAUUUGGCGAUGUGUAUUUAAGAUCUCCAACGGCAGAUGACGUUAGUAAAUUGCUUGCUGUUGGGGAGGCUCGCGGAUUUCCCGGAAUGUUAGGAAGUUUGGACUGCAUGCAUUGGGAGUGGAAGAAUUGUCCGACGGCAUGGAAAGGUGCCUAUUGCGGUCAUAUUAAAAAACCUACAAUGAUUCUUGAAGUCGUUGCUUCUUAUGACUUGUGGAUUUGGCAUGCCUUUUUUGGAAUGCCAGGAUCCCACAAUGAUCUCAAUGUCUUAGAUCGUUCUCCUCUUUUUGAUGAACUUGUCCAAGGGCGAGCUCCUCCCGCUAAUUACUCUAUCAAUGGACAUGCCUAUAAUAUGGGAUACUAUCUAGCGGAUGGCAUAUAUCCUCCAUGGGCAACAUUGGUUCAAACUAUUUCGUCUCCUCAAGGAGCCAAAAAACAGCACUUUUCGAUGAUGCAAGAGUCAACAAGAAAGGAUGUGGAGCGGGCAUUUGGGGUUCUACAAGCACGAUUUGCAAUCAUAAAAGGACCGGCACGGUUUUGGGGUCGAAAAAUGCAUGGGAAAAUCAUGAAGACGUGCAUUAUUUUGCACAAUAUGAUCAUUGAGGAUGAGGGAGAGAGUUGUACUGAUUUUACUUAUACAUCAGAGAGGAACCAACCAGUGGCAAUUUCGCGGGAACGUGAUGAUAAUUUUGAAUCAUUUCUAUCUCGUCAUGUCGGAAUUAGAAACAAGGAUGCUCAUCACACUCUCCGCAAUGACUUAGUUGAGCAUCUUUGGCAACGACAUGGAGAGAUGUAG